UCAGCCCACACACAGUAGUACACAGACAAACAUCGCUUAUUGGUUUCUCCAUUGUUCCAGAGUGAGUAUUCACAAGGAGAAAAGUGCUUUGUUUCUCUGUUUAGUUAUUUUAUUUAAUAUAGCGCGAUCUGUCUUGAUCUGAGUUCUUCUCGGUUGAGAUUUUUGUUGUUGCUUUUAAUCUUUUUUUUUUUUAAUUUUUUUUCCCUGCUGUUUUAUUGAUUGAAGAUUUUUGAAGAAGAAGAAAGACAACUAGAAGAUGGGCAGCUCCGGAUUUUCGUGGAAAUUGAAUGAUCACCCCAAGCUUCCGAAGGGGAAGGUUAUUGCUAUGGUUGUUCUGGACGGAUGGGGUGAAGCCAAACCCGACAAAUACAACUGCAUCCAUGUCGCAGACACCCCUGUCAUGGAUUCGCUCAAGAAUGGCGCCCCUGAAAAGUGGAGGUUGGUGAAGGCUCACGGAAAAGCUGUGGGUUUGCCUACAGAUGACGAUAUGGGGAACAGUGAGGUUGGUCACAAUGCCCUUGGUGCCGGAAGGAUCUAUGCUCAAGGUGCAAAGCUGGUUGACCUAGCUCUUGAGUCUGGAAAAAUAUAUGAUGGUGAAGGGUUCCAGUAUAUCAAGGAAUCUUUUGAAACAGGCACAUUGCACCUCAUUGGGCUGUUGAGUGAUGGUGGCGUGCACUCUAGACUUGACCAGCUGCAGUUGUUGCUUAAAGGUGUUAGUGAGCGUGGAGCCAAGAGAAUCCGAGUCCAUGCUUUGACUGAUGGUCGUGAUGUGUUGGAUGGUUCGAGUGUGGGGUUCAUGGAAACACUUGAGAAUGAUCUUGCCAAAUUGCGGGAGAAGGGUAUAGAUGCACAGGUUGCUUCUGGUGGAGGUCGUAUGUAUGUCACAAUGGAUCGUUAUGAGAAUGACUGGGAUGUUGUCAAGCGAGGUUGGGAUGCUCAAGUUCUUGGUGAAGCUCCACACAAGUUUAGAAAUCCCGUUGAGGCUAUCAAGACAUUAAGAGCUGAACCCAACGCCAACGAUCAGUAUUUGCCUCCAUUUGUUAUUGUUGAUGAGAAUGGAAAGCCUGUUGGUCCAAUUGUUGAUGGCGACGCUGUUGUGACAGUCAACUUCCGUGCGGAUCGCAUGGUCAUGCUUGCCAAGGCCCUUGAGUAUCCUGAUUUUGAUAAAUUUGAUAGGGUUCGGUUCCCUAAAAUUCGAUAUGCAGGAAUGCUUCAAUAUGAUGGUGAAUUGAAACUCCCAAGUCACUACCUCGUUUCUCCGCCAGAAAUUGAGAGGACAUCUGGUGAAUAUUUGACGCACAAUGGUGUCCGGACUUUUGCUUGCAGUGAGACUGUGAAAUUUGGUCACGUAACCUUCUUCUGGAAUGGCAAUCGCUCUGGUUACUUCAACUCAGAAAUGGAGGAAUAUGUUGAGAUUCCAAGUGACAGUGGUAUUACCUUUAAUGUCAAGCCGAAAAUGAAGGCAUUGGAGAUCGCUGAGAAGGCUAGAGAUGCUAUUCUUAGUGGAAAGUUUCACCAGGUGAGAGUGAACCUGCCAAAUGGUGACAUGGUUGGACAUACAGGUGAUAUUGAGGCUACAAUUGUGGCUUGCAAGGCUGCAGAUGAAGCUGUCAAGAUGAUCCUUGAUGCAAUUGAGCAAGUAGGCGGGAUCUACGUGGUAACUGCUGAUCAUGGAAAUGCUGAGGAUAUGGUGAAGAGAAACAAGAAAGGGGAGCCUCUUCUUGACAAGGCUGGCAAAAUUCAAAUCCUCACUUCUCACACUCUUGAGCCAGUCCCAAUUGCAAUUGGUGGUCCUGGAUUGACAAAGGGGGUGAGGUUCCGUCAAGAUCUACCUGGUGCUGGCCUUGCCAAUGUUGCUGCAACGGUUAUGAAUCUACACGGUUUUGAGGCACCUAGCGAUUAUGAGCCAACCCUAAUUGAGGUUGUCGACAACUAGAUCAUCAGACGAUCUACAAAUUUUGCUUUAAGAGUAUUUGAAUAAGAAUUGAGAAGUCCCUAUAGGAGUGUGUUUCUUGCAGUUGAUUUGGCAUUUUUUUUUUAAUAACGCCGGAACUUCACUAGAAAUGGUAAACUCACGCCCACUGUAAUAGUUUACGAAUCACAGUGGAAGGCAAACCACCUUAGGCAAGUCCAGGGUGACAAGCUCGGGUUUGAAAUUUUAGAGGUGCUAAUAGACAAGGUGAGAGUCAAUCCUUCACUUUUUGUUAGAGUGGAAGAUUAAAUUUAUGACCUCCUUUUGAAGCAAAAGUGGCGUUACUACUGAACCAACUCUUCAUUCGUCAUUUGGCAUCUUUUUGUUAUAUCAUAUCUCAAGUUUUGUUAGUAAAAAAGAUUAUAUACCGUCUUGAAUGUUGAUGACAUUAACUUUGAAAUCCGAAUCAGAGGUACCCUUCAAACUGCAAGAUCAACUUUGCAAGAUCAAUUUUGUGGAAAUUUUGUUCCUCUUAAUAUGGAG